AUGAAUGAUCUGCUCUCGGUGCAGAAGGAGUUGGUUGCGGGCGCGUCGUCCUCGAAUAUCUUAUUCGUGCUAUACGCCGAGACUGGUAGCCUCCAAGGAGCACUUGAGCGAGCACUGGGUCUGCUUGCACAAUGCUCGGCAGAGUACGACGUCUGCACCGCGAGACUCUAUCGUGCCUAUCAAGAUCGUCCUGAAAUCGUAGAGGCUUUGGGGAAGCUGGUAACAGGAUGCAGAUAUAUGUGCACCGGUAAUCUGGCCUGGAGCCUCGCCACUACACGAUACGGAGUCAUUGCUGAGCAUGAUGGGACCGUUGAAAUAUCUUUGUAG